UACUCCUUUUCAUUGCCUCCUUUCCUUGGAAGCCAUUAGCAAAUUCGAACUUCGAACUCUAAGCUUCCCAGCCGCCAAAAACGUUGAAGUUGAGGUGUUGAGCUCUUCAGUAACAAUGAAAAAGAGACCAGCAAAAGACAUAGAUGCCAUGGAAGGCAAAGAUGAAGAAGAGCUAGAAGUUGCAGACGGUACCAUCGACGGAAAUACAGACCUCUGUCAGAGACUAAUGGAACGAUAUGGUAAAUCCUCCGCUCCUCAGCACCGUCAUCUCUGCGCUUCUGCGGCCGCCAUGAGAGCCAUGCUCCAAGACGAAGGUCUCCCCUUUACUCCACCUGCCUAUUUCGCUGCAGUUAUAACAGCUAUUAACGAUGCUUCUGAGACUCUAGACUCCGAUGCUAUCGCUGCUCUAUCUUCGUUACUCUCCAUUUUGAUUCCGCUUGUUCCGCCGGAAUCGCUGCCCCCGUCGAAGGCGAGUGAGGCCGUGACGGUACUUGUUAAGCUACUAAAUAGACCGCCAGAAACUGUAUCGACGGCAACCGUGCGGUCUGUGAUCAAAUCAUUGGGGUUUCUGAUUGGUUUCUGUCAACUGGAGGACUGGGAUGCAGUGAAGUUUCCUUUUGAGACAAUUAUUAAGUUCUCUGUUGAUAAACGCCCCAAGGUUCGCAGAUGUGCUCAAGUUUGCAUUGGGAAAGUCUUUCAAUCUCUUCAGUGUUCCAUUGCCAUCAAGAAGGCAAACAAAAUGGUACUCUCUUUGCUCAGAAAAUACAUGCCUUUGGCAAUUGAGUUAAGUGUUGCAAGAACCUUAGAUGGAUCCAAAAGUGAAGUGUUGUCAAAAUCUGAGCAUUUGGAGAUCAUCCAUAUGCUGAAUGCACUGAAACUGAUUGCGCCUUAUCUUUCUGACAAAGUCAGUAUGAAAAUCUUGAAAGAACUAUAUAAGCUGUUGACUUGCCAGUUCUCACCACUUACCCGGCAUGUUUUUAACAUUAUUGAAACCUUUUUUAAAUCUUCAAGAGCAGAAGUCAUUGCUCCAGAGGUAGAGAACUACUUGAAGUUACUUGCAUCAUAUGUAUCUUCUGGUGAGAACCCCAUGGACACCAUACUUUCUGCAGCUAAUUUGAUAAAAAGUGGUUCAACCAAAAUUCAUGCAGCAGACCCGAGCAUAUUGAUUGGAAAUCUUCCUCUGGUAUUUGGUUCUUUAGCAGGUCUUCUAGUUUCUGAGGCUAGUACAGCAUCACAGGCUGCAGGUAUCUUGAAAGAGUUGAUCAGCCACCUUCUCAAUCAAAUGACUUUAUUGACCAGUGAAAAUGAAACAUAUGAGGAUAAACUAAGGGAUACCACUGAAUCUGUAGUCAUCUCUUCUAUUUGUAAUGUAUUUGAGAACAUGCUCACUACUGCCGGGGUGGUUCCAAAUAAGCAUAUGUUGGCUGUCAUUUCAGAUUUGCUACUCAAACUUGGCAAUGUCUCAUACUUAUUUAUGAAAAGCAUUGUGCUUAAAAUUGCAGACAUGGUGAAGCUUACUAAGGGAGACAUGUCUAGCAUUAACCAUCUUCAAGAAUGCAUCGGGUCUGCCGUUAUUGCAAUGGGGCCAGAGAAUUUACUGACACUGAUACCCUUAACAUUUCAUCCUGAAAAGUUAACUUGUUUAAACAUUUGGUUGGUUCCAAUUUUGAAGAGAUAUGUUGUUGGUAAAUCUGUAGGAUUUUUUAUGAAGCAUAUUGUCCCCCUUGCAGAAUCUCUUGAGGGAGCUCUAUGUAAAGUUAAAAAGGCGUCACUUCGACAUGAUCUGCAGAGUUAUGCUCAUGGUUUUUGGGGCCUGCUACCUUCCUUCUGUCGUUAUCCUACUGAUAUUGAUCAGGAAUUUGAAACUUUAGCCAAACUCUUCAUAGCAUUCCUCAAGAAAGAUGCCUCCUAUGUGCAUGAAAAUAUAGCCACUGCAUUGCAGGAACUUGUUAACCAAAACAGGAAUAUCUUAAAAUCUAGUAAGGAUGCUACCAAGUUUGUGAAAGAGGCAACUGAUUAUCAUGUAAAAGAUUCUUCUGCAGAAUCUAGGACUAUACCAUCUCACUACUCAAAGAAAAUUGCAAGAAGAAACAUCAAGGUUAUUUCAUCAUGUUCUGUGGACUUGAUUGAGGCCCUUACUGAUGUAUUCUUUAUUUCACCUCCAGAGAAGCGGACUUAUUUGAAGGAGGCUAUGAGAUGCAUGGCUUCUAUUGCUGAGACUUCUAAGGUGAAGAAACUUUUCACAUCGUCAUUAGAGAGGUUCCAGCUUAUAAAUGGUAUUGGUGUUAAUGCAAAUUUGGAGAGUCGUAAUGGUAUUACUGAUACAAAACAAGGAGGGGAUUCAAAGUGUGUGGAGGAAGAAGUUUCAAAGAGGUUGAUUGUGGUAGAGUUUGCAUGCUCUCUUAUUGAAGGAGCCAAUGAAGACCUCAUUGAUAUAAUCUUUAACUACAUUAAGCCAGUUUUACAGGCAUCUAAUGGAAUUGGUCUCUCUGAAGCAUACUACACUUUGAGCCGAAUUUUUGAGGAACAUACUUGGUUUUAUACAUCACGGUGUGAUCAACUUUUGGAACUACUUCUUGAUCUUAAGUCACCAAUUGAUGUCAUGUCUCUAAGAAGUCGAUUUGCAUGUUUUCACUUUUUGUUAAUUCAUAUGUUAAAGAGUGAUUUGGAGGAGGAGAAGAGUGCAAAGGUUUUUCUUAUUCUCAAUGAGAUCAUACUCAGACUAAAGGAUUCGAAGGAAGAAGCCAGGAAAGCAGCGUAUGAUGUACUACUUUCGAUAAGUUCCAGCUUGAAGAGGGAUAUGUUUUCAAGUGGUACACCUCAUCAACGACUGUUUAGUAUGAUAUUGGGUUAUCUUUCUGGUCCUUCUCCUCACAUAACAAGUGCAGCUGUUUCUGCACUUUCAGUGCUGAUAUACAAGGACAGUGAUCUUUGUUUUUCUGUACCUGAUCUGUUGCCUUCAGUUUUAGUUUUGCUGCGAAGCAAAGAUAUAAAAAUUAUAAAAGCUGUUUUGGGCUUCAUGAAAGUGGUGGUAUCCUGCUUACAAGUAGAAGACUUGCAGAAAAUUCUUUCCGAUAUAGUCAAUGGAGUUCUUCCAUGGUCUUCUGUCUCAAGACAUCACUUUAGAUCAAAGGUCACAGUUAUACUGGAAAUCAUGAUACGGAAGUGUGGUGCUUCUUUAGUUCAGUCCAUUGUGCCAGAUAAAUACAAGGGGUUUAUCAAAACUGUUUUGGAGCAACGCCAUGGAAAGAAAAGUUCUAAAGAUGGUAGUACUGAGACGGCAUUGGAACUUGCAGAUACAUCUCCAAAGUGGAGGAAAAAGAGGGCUUAUGGAGGAGUAGAUGUGCCAGAUGCGGAAGAUGGUUCCAGGACACUUGGAAUAGUGCAUAAGAGGAGAGAAAAGAAACGCAAAGUUGAAAAUUCCCACAAAAAUGAGCCGCACAAGCAUAUGGUUAGUGGUACUGAAAACCGAAGGAUGAACAAACCUGACUCUAAAUCAGGGAAAUUAUUGAAAGGUCAGCCAAUGGACAGAGUUAAGAGCAAAAUGAGGGAGUUGAAGAAAAUUGCCACAAUUGGAGGAAAGGGAAAGGUGGGGCGAAAAAAGGCAGGCAAAGCAUUGGUUCCUGGUCUUGCUGGUUCUUUGAAGGUCCAGAAGAAAAAGAAAAAAAACUAAUAACUAGACAUCUGCAUUGAGCUUGGAAUAUUAAAAUGCUUCUGUUGCACAUAAAAGCCAGUCGCAGUGCCUCCAGCUACUAUUUUAACUGCACGGAAAGCAGUUUACAGUUUCAGAGUAGUCCUGCAUAUAUUUUGCAAAAUACCACCACUCUUCACUGCAAAGUUAGAAGAUGAUGAAACAUUGGGUGGCUUGAAUUUCUGAGUUCCUCUUGAAGGUGGAAUGAGUACCAGUUGUCAGGAAUUCAGUUAAUGUGAAGUUGCACUUUGCACAUUGGUUUGUCCUUUAUCAAGAUAAUUGAUCCUUUUUUUUUUUGUUUUUUAAUGACAUUAAGAUGUUAUUGUGCCAACCAUUUUUGGCCUCUUAAGAUGUUCCAUAUCAGUUUUUUGUUUCAUCAAUCUAUUUUUCUUGUAUUUAA